AUGGAAUGUAUUAAGGAUGAAGCUAAAAAGGCGAUGAUCAAUGUUUAUAUGGCAGCAGCAAGCAAGAUCAACAAUGGAGAAGGAGACACUGAUUGGUACGGAGUUCUCGGUGUUGAUCCUUCGGUUGACGACCAAGCAGUGAAGAAACAAUACAAGAAGUUGGCUCUUCUGCUUCAUCCGGACAAGAACAAGUGUAACGGCGCGGAAGGUGCGUUUAAGCUUGUUUCAGAAGCUUGGAAUUUGCUUUCUGAUAAGAACAAAAGAAAUGAUUAUGAUGAAAAGAGGAAGUCGAAAGAAGCAAAAUUUCACAUGCAGAAACCACCAUCCCCUAAUGGAAAUGCAAAUGCUGAAGCUGAAGCUGAUGAUGGUGCUAAUGCUAAUGCUAAAGCUGAUGACAAUGAUGAUGAUGAGGUUGAGAUGAUAUACAUGGACCAAACUGAAUUCACCAUACCAUUGGUCGAUGCGUCCACUAUUAGAAUAUGGAAUACAUAUAUUCUGUUAUGUCAAUAA